CACUUUGUGUUGCAUUCUCUGGUGCUCUUCUUGCUUACUCAGAUUGUGUGAGUCUGGAUUUCAGCCACCAAGGGUGGUUAGAUUUUGGGCGAAAGCGAACUUGACUUGCUCAAUAAAUGAGCAUUUGAAGGUGAAAAAAUCAUCCAUGGAAAGCCAUCUGGAAUUGACAACUCAGUCAGCACAUAUGGGAAUAUGAUCAAGUUUAGAUCAGGCAGUUUGACACGCCUCAAAUCGAACAUGCCACUCAAAAUGCUCAUUACUAACACAAAAGUUGGGAGGAACACAAAGGCCUUAGUUGCUGGUGUUACAGAGAGGACAUUAAGGCAUCCAGAUGCUAUGGCUUCUGUGUUUAAUGCAGUUGAUUCUAUCAGCGCGGAAUUGGCUACCAUCAUCCAAUUAGAGGCCCCUGAUGAAAUCUCUGUAACCGAGAAGGAUGCGAAAAUAGAAGAGCUGAUGGAAAUGAACCAAGGUUUGCUCCAAUGCAUGGGGGUCAGCCAUGCUUCAAUCGAAACCAUUCUUCGAACUACACUCAAAUACAAGUUGGCUUUCAAGUUGCCAGGAGCUCGUGGUGGAGGUUCUGUUCUCACACUAUUGCCAACCUUGCUAUCAGCAACAGUUGUUGAUAAAGUAACUGCAGAACUGGAGUCGUGUGGAUUCCAUUGCUUAACAGCGGCCAUUGGUGGACAAAGGUGUUCAAGUUUGCUUUGGUGGUUCAUCCUGAGAAUUGUGUAACCACUAACCAGAAGUGGCACUCACUCACUCACUCACAUAUGGAGAAAGACUCAGAUUAUGGAGCUUUCACAGAGAAAUUCCUUCUGCAAUCUAGCUCUUCAUCUCAUGAUCUUCCCUUGAGUGGCCUCACCUUUGCUGUCAAAGACAUAUUUGAUAUGGCUGGAUAUGUGACUGGAUUUGGAAAUCCUGAUUGGGCAAGGACUCACCCAGCUGCCGAAUCAACAGCUCCUUCUGUUUCUACAUUCUUAGAAGGAGGUGCCACAUGUAUUGGUAGAACUAUCAUGGAUGAAAUGGCAUACAGUAUAAAUGGAGAGAACAAUCAUUAUGGUACACCGGUAAAUCCAUGUGCACCAGAUAGGGUGCCUGGAGGAUCUUCUAGUGGCUCUGCUGUUGUAGUGGCUGCAGGCCUUGCAGAUUUUUCCUUAGGAACUGACAGCGGAGGAAGUGUAAGAGUUCCUGCUUCAUAUUGUGGAAUUUUUGGGUUCCGACCUUCUCAUGGUGUCAUUUCUACUUCUGGAGUUGUUCCUUUGGCACAAAGUUUUGAUACUGUGGGAUGGUUUGCUAGGGAUCCUGUGGUUUUUAGUAGAGUAGGACGGUCAUUACUGCAAAUUCCUGAUGCACAUCCUGUCAGACCAGCUCAAUUGAUCAUUGCUGAAGACUGUUUCCAGCUUUCAAGCAUUCCAAGUGAUCGAGUAAAACAAGGACUUGUUCACUCAGUUGAGAAGUUAUUUGGGGGUCAUGUUUUAAAGCAUGCAAACCUUGGGGAUGUUGUGAAGGACAAAGUUCCAAGUUUGAACUGUUUCUUUGAGAAAGGAAAUACAAGUCAAGAGGAUAACAUACCAUCCUUGGCAGCCCUAUCAAGUGCCAUGCGAACACUCGAAAGGCAUGAAUUCAAGAACAACCAUGGUGAAUGGGUCAUGACUGUCAGGCCUGAUAUAGGUCCUGCGGACCGGAUAAAUGAACGUGUAUGGGAAGCCGUCAGGGCAGCAGAUGAAAAUAUUGAUAUUUGUUACUCCGUGAAGACCGAACUAUGUGCUGCUCUUACUGAACUUCUUGGGGAUGCUGGUGUCCUUGCGAUUCCUACAGUUCCAGGGCUUCCACCAAAACUACAUACGGAUCCUACUACACUUGAAGCAUAUCGCCACAGGGCUUUUAGCUUUUUGUCCAUUGCCGUAGUAUCUGGAUUCUGCCAGGUGGUCAUACCACUAGGCAUGUACGAAGGCCUACCUGUGUCGGUUUCCUUGCUGGCAAAGCACGGCUCAGAUGGAUUCCUGCUCAGUCUUGUGGAGACUCUCUAUGCCACUCUCAAAGAACAAGUUGAAAGCUUGAAAUGACAUAUCCUUGUUUAUAAUUCAACGAGAAGCUACUAGUAAACAGCCACUCAUUUCUGUAAAAAAAAAACCUAUCGAAACAUAUAGCCUGAUUGUCAAGUUUCUUAGCUUGUUGCUUGUGGUAUCUAAAUUACAAUACAGCCACUGCUAAAAGGUCAAAGUGCUGAGCCAAGAUGGUCAACGUGAAGGUUGGUGAGGUAAAGAACAGUGGGCGCUCUUCUUCACAAUCAAACUAAGCAGUCUGUGCUACUGUCAACUGUGUUACUAGUGUGUAAACAAAUGAUUUGUUCAAUAUUGACCAGCUUGAUUUAUGUCCUUA